AUGGGGAAACUUCACUCCAAGCCGGCCGCCGUGUGCAAGCGCAGGGAGAGCCCGGAAGGUGACAGCUUCGCUGUGAGCGCCGCCUGGGCUCGGAAAGGCAUCGAGGAGUGGAUCGGGAGGCAGCGCUGCCCGGGUGGCAGCUCGGGACCCCCACAGCUGCGGGCGGCGGGCACCGCUGGCAGAGGAACUCGGGAGCUUGUGGGUGAAGUUUUCAGAGAAACGCUCAGCGAGGAGGAAGAGGAAGACUUUCGGCUAGAAGUAGCCCUGCCUCCCGAGAAGACAGACGGACUGGCCAGCGGAGAUGAGAAGAGGAUGGAGAAGUCAGGUGAACCCUGCUCGGGCUCCAAGAAACAGCUGAAAUUCGAAGAGUUACAGUGUGACGUGUCUGUGGAGGAAGACAGCCGGCAGGAGUGGACCUUCACCCUGUACGACUUUGACAACAACGGCAAGGUCACCCGAGAGGACAUCACCAGCCUGCUGCACACCAUCUACGAGGUGGUCGAUUCCUCAGUCAACCACUCCCCGACAUCGAGCAAGACGCUGCGGGUCAAGCUCACGGUGGCCCCCGAUGGGAGCCAGAGCAAAAAGGGCAUCGUCCUCAAUCACCCCGACCUGCAGAGUGCCAGGCCCAGAGCCGAGACCAAGCCCGCCGAGGAGCUGCGAAGCUGGGAGAAGAAGCAGCGGGCCCUCCUCAGGUUCCAGGGUGACAGCCAUCUGGAGCAGUCCGGCUGCUACCACCAUUGCGUGGAUGAGAACAUUGAGAGGAGAAACCACUACUUAGAUCUCGCCGGGAUAGAAAACUACACGUCCCAGUUUGGGCCUGGCUCCCCGUCAGUGGCCCAGAAGUCAGAACUGCCCCCUCGCGCCUCCAACCCUACUCGAUCUCGCUCCCACGAGCCGGAAGCCAUCCACGUCCCACACCGCAAGCCCCCGGGCGCGGACCCCGGCUCCUUCCACUUUCUUGACGCCCCCUUCGCCAAGGCCUCGGAGGUCCAGCAGCGGCUCCGGGGCGGCACCCAGGACGGGAGCAAGCACUUUGUGAGGUCCCCCAAGGCCCAGGGCAAGAGCGUGGGUGUGGGCCACAUGGCCAGAGGGGCGCGAAGCAAGCCCCCCGGGGGACCCGCGGUCCCUGCGGUGGCCCCGUCGGCCCACCUGGCCGCCAGCCCGGCCCUCCUUCCCACCCUGGCGCCCCUCGGGCACCGGAAGCACAAGCACCGCGCCAAGGAGAGCCAGCAAGGGUGCCGGGGCCUGCAGGCGCCGCUGGCCGUGGGUGGCACCGUCGUGGGGCGGGACCACCUGAGGGAGCUGCCCGCCGUGGUGGUGUACGAGAGCCAGGCCGGCCAGGCGGUCCAGAGACACGAACAUCACCACCACCACGAACACCACCACCAUUACCAUCACUUCUACCAGACAUAG